AUGAUGCAUGGAGAGAUCCUCGGCGAGGGCGAUUCGCGAGUUGGCCUUGCCUCUACAGCGACCUCUACUAUCGAGGACGUAUGGCAGCCUUUGCUGUGCGGUGCCCUCCAGGAGUUUGAUCACCGUGUCGACCAGGCUCGGCAUGCCCGGCUACUGGAAGAAGCAGAUAUUUGCACGCUCAUCCCCGUGGAGCGAUUGACCGGUUCCAUCCAGCGAGAAAUGCGGAGUUCCAGCAGGACCUCUUCGAAAGUCACGCUGGAGUCCGGGCGAGACCUGGCUACUGUGGCUUACGACCUGGCCGCCUUUGUCGGACAUGAGGGCCCGUACACUCUGCACGAGAUCUACCAAGCCUUCAGCUUCUGUGACAAGAUCGCAGCAAUCCAGCAGCAGGCGGUGAAGCUCCUCGAGAUCGAGCUCAGACCACCUGGAUCCGGGUUGGCUGCGCGGCUGGACAGUGGGAGGCGGCUGAAGAUCGCGGAAGCGGAGGAGGCUGUUGCAGAGGCCUUAGCCGCCGAGGCGGCAAAGAUGGAGGGCCAAGACGAGGGCUCGCCACAGGAUAAAAGGGCUUCGGAUGCAGAGCCGGACUCCUCCGAGGAGAUCAUGGCAACGAGAGCCGAGGAGGAGGCAAGAAAGAAAUCCGAGCGACAGGAGCGGGCAAGGUGGUGGCCCCCAAGCACCGAUCGGCUGAAGCUCUGGCUGAGAGCGGGGGCCAGCUUCAUGCACUGCGACGAAUCGAGGCAGACUUUUGCCGCCAUACUCUGCGAGGCGGCGGUGCAGUGUGUCCGGGAGGCUGCGCAGGACCAAACCUGGGAAGCCCUGGCACAAGGCGAGGAUGUGAAGAUAGAGGAAGUCGCGGAAGGCAGUGGAUGCCGAGCCCGAAAGCUGGACGAGGGCUGCGCCGAAGCGCUUCGAUUCAUGAUCUCCGAGGCGCCAUACAGCAUGCUCAUGGACGACAAGCUUGGCAGGAGCUGCUUCAUCAUCAUGGCCGAGGCCUUCGGCCUCAUCGCAGAUCUUCCGAAGCCGCAGACUGGCGAGGAGCCGGUGGCGACGCUCCGGGCUGUCUGUGACAGCGUCCAGCACUGCUUCUCCCAAUCGUCAUCAUCCCUGCUCUGGACCCUGAGGAGCAGCGAGCCCCUCCGGCUAGCAGCAGAGGCCAUAGCCGAGCACUUCAAGGAGGACAAGCCUGCGAGCAUGUUGCGCUUGCUCGACUGGAUCGAAGUUGUCAUGGGCGGAGCCUGGGAGGUAGCAGUAGACGAAAGCGACUUGUUGACCCGGGCACUGCUGGACACAGAUUGCUGUGAUGUUGAGGAGAUGGUGGACACAUCCGUGCGGCUGCGCAGCUUCACAGACAAGAUGGAGCAGAAGGUGCAGGAAUGGAAGGCGGAAGAGGCUGAGCUCAAACUCUUGGAGUUCGAGGCGCGGUGUGCGAAGAAGGCCCUCGCCUACGAGGACCGCAUCUCCCGGCUGGAAGCCGAGAUCGCCCGCCGUGCUGGCAGUGACUCGCACAUGCCCAAAGCCAAGUCUCAGCCGACCCGGGUCUCCGAGGAGCCGCAGAAAUCUGCGGAGGAGGAAGCUCCGCCAGCUCCGCAGAAGAAGCAGCCUCCUUUGGAAGCCCCGAAGUUGGAUGACAGCGUCCUUGCCGAAGCAAAGCUCGUGGUCGAAAGCAUCCGAGCCGACAGGCUGGUGAACUGCGAAUGGGAAGAGGGCAUCACAGAUGAGGUCAAAGCCGGACUGCUCGGCAUGCGGAGGUCGCUGUGCGCCGCUGUGGAGAGGCUGGCGAUGGACCUUUAUGCAGAUGAGUGCCAUUGCCUUUGGGAGCUCAUCCAGAACGCCGACGACAACAAGUAUGCAAGCGAGGUUGAGGUUCCGGAGCUCUGUCUGUCCAUGGAGGUUGAUGCGUCUCUUGGCGCAUACGUUUGGACCUCCAACAACGAGAUUGGCUUGUCCCGAGAGGACGUCCGAGCCAUCUGCAACGUCAACGCAAGCAUGAAGGGUGCUGGGCAGACAGGUCACAAGGGAAUUGGCUGGAAGAGUGUCUUCCGCAUCAGCGACUGCCCACACGUGCUGUCGAGGGAGUUCGCCUUUAAGUUCGACACAGCGGGGCCAUUAGGCCAACUGGCCUACGUAACUCCGACGAAUCUUACGGACGAGGCCGACGGGGUGAUGUUCCUGCCCUUGCGGUCAGUUUCCGACGCUCCCGCGGUCGAGGCGGAACUCAAACAGAUCGCUGCCCAGCAUCUGUGUCUCGCCUUCUUGCGUCGAUUGCGGCGGCUGCAGCUGUGCUUCCCCGAUGGCCGCAGAAUGACACUGGAGCGGUGUCAGUACACCAAAGCGAUUCGUGCUUGCCGUGGGAGGUGGGAGAAUGCUGUCGCUCUUCUGGACGAAGCCCGCGCGAGCCGAUUGCAAACCGACAGCAUCGCCUGGGGUGCAACGAUCGAUGCGUGCGAGAAGGUUGCGCGCUGGGAGUGGGCCCUUUCCCUUCUGGAACAGCAGUUCGCAGAUGGCAUUGAACUCGAUCUGAUUUCAUUCAACUCCGCCGUCAGUGCGUGCGCGAAGGCGGGCAAAGAGAAGUGGUCGUGGCGACUCGUUAGAAGGAUGCAAGGCGACGUUUUGCAGCCUGAUGUAAUCACCUACACUGCAGUGAUCAAUGCCUGUCAGAAGGCCUCGAACUGGCAGCAGGCCCUGAAGCUGUUUGCUGACAUCUUGCAGGAACCGUUUGCCCUCGGUGUUGUUACGGUCAAUGCUGCAAUCAGCGCUUGUGCCAAUGCCCGUAGGUGGCAACAUGCUCAUCUCCUGCUGGCAGACAUCGGGAAGAUGAAUCUGCAGGCCACAGAGAUCUCCACAGCAGCAGGCAUUCGUUCCUGCGAGAGAACCAAUGUCUGGCCACAAGCGCUAUCCUUGUUGCAUGAUGCGGAACAUCAGCGCCUCGCUGUGAAUGAAGUUGUGAUCGGUGUGGCUGCUAGGGUGUGCGAGAAGUCAGCAAUAUGGCAGCAAGCCUUGCUCCUGCUAAGUAGCCUACGAACGAAGCAGCUGCGGCCCGACACAAUGCUGUACGGAUCCUUGAUUGGUGCUUGUGGGAAAUCGGCUGAAUGGCAGCGGGCACUGUGCCUGUUGAAAGAGGCUGAGCUGGACCUUCUGCAGCUGAAUCUUUUCAUGUACAGCACUGCCAUAAGUGCAUGCGAACAAGGUGCCGAAUGGCAGCUGGCAUUGUGUCUCCUAGAUACGCUUGCUGCCAAGCACAUGGGGACCGACACAAUUGCUGUUAAUGCUGCGAUUAGCGCCUGUGCCCGCAGCGGGGAAUGGCACGCAGCCGCAGAGCUUUUCGCAAGCAUGGAGCGGCAGAAGAUGAUGCCGGAUGAUGUCACAUAUGCCUGUGCAAUACGAGCUUGCGAGGCUGCAGCAAAUUGGGAAGCUGCAGUUGGUCUUCUGGAGGAGUCUCAGCUCAGACAGCUGCCUCCCAAUAUUCUUGCCAUCAGUUCUGCUGUCGCAGCAUGCGAGCAGGCGGGAGAAUGGCUCCAUGCUGUGAGCCUGUGUCAAAGAAGUCGAAACAGACGCAUCCAGCUGAAUCUGGUAUCCUGCACACUUGCUAUAAAAGCCUGCCAGGCAGCUGCAGUGUGGCAACAGGCCCUUUAUCUCCUGCAAACUUUGGAUGACACGGGGUUGCAAGCAAACAAGGACUGCUACGACUCCUGCAUUCACGCUUGCGAACUGGCCUCCCAAGCGCAGCAAGCACAGCGAAUUCGAGAUGAGAUGGAAGCCAAAGGCUUGUGA